AACGUAGUUUUUGGUCUGCCUCGCGAAGUACCACCAGAGGGCACCAAAGACCAUAUUGCGUGGCUGUAACUUGGUUCAUUCUCUUCUGUCUAGGAAAGUUGCUUCAUAAACUAUUUAAAGAUAAACUACUAACAAAAUGUAUGUGGCGGAUAAUAUCAUGAUUCAACCAUUUUAAAUGGACACUCGUAUUCAUUCUUAUAUUUACAACAUGGUUAUCCUUUAUGUAUUACCGUGUGCGCCACUUGGCAUUUCCCCUUUGCAGCAGUUAAACUCCUCCUUGCCCCCGUUCUUUCAGGUCCUCUCCUUUCUCUCGUCCGUCCUAGGACUCCAGCGCACUGAGCCCAGUCCCCCUCAUCCCCCCGCAGUCACUCCCAGCAGAUGCACUUACACACACAGAGGACCACAAAACACUUGCUUUUCACUCACCAAGCAGGAAAAGGCGAUUUGCUGAUGAAAUAGAAAGAUGCAAUUCAUCUGGGAUCAAAUGAAAAUACAAUCUCAAAUUUAGAGUGAUAGGCAGUUUUUUUUUAUGCUGUUUUUUUUCUUCUGGGCCUUAGCCUACAUGAUGUGUAAAAGGGUUUUCCUGUGCGUAAUUUGGUGCGCGUUUUUCGCGUUGUGUUCAGCUGCCCCAAAGGAGUGCGCGGGCACGGCCAUACCUGCGGACACUAAUCCUGGGAUUAAACCCGAACAUAAAGAGGACCUUGGAGAUCAGAAUGACACGCUUCAGGAAGAGAUGGACACGCAUCAUAACAUUCUGACCCAGCUGCUGGGUGAUUAUGACAAAGUGAAAGCCCUCUCGGAAGGCUCUGACUGUCGCUGUAAAUGUGUUGUCAGACCCCUGAGCAGGAGCGCCUGCCGGCGGAUAGAAGACGGCAGCGGCACGGCGCAGGACUACUACACCAUAGAGACUAUCACCUCGGGGCCAGAGUGCAAGUGCGCCUGCAUCGCUCCUCCGUCGGCGGUCAAUCCCUGCGAGGGGGACUUCAGGUUGAAGCAGCUACGGGAAGCUGGGAAGGACAACAUCAAGCUCUCCUUGAUUACUGAAUUGCUGGAGGGAUCCUUCUAUGGCCUGGAUCUCCUGAAGCUCCACUCCGUCACCACUAAGCUCCUGGACCGUGUGGAAAACAUUGAAAAGAACCAAGCAGUCUCUCAGAACCACAGCCAGGAUGAGGCUGGUCCAGGCCAAGAGAAGAGACCCUCUAUCCAGCCACAGCAGGUGAAGGAGACACCACCCCCCUCGCUCCCCAUGAGGCAGGAGAAGAGACUGAGUGAUGUGGCUACAGCCUAUCAGAAUAAAGAGGAGAGGCACGAGGAGAGAUUUGAUGGAGGCCAUGAGUCCUCCAGACCCUUAAUUAAGACAGAUGCUCCAGGACCAGGACCCAGCCCCACCCCCCAGGUGACUGCCCAGGUGAUCCCAGAGGUGACCCCCCAGGAUGGGGCUAGCCAAGAGAGCCAGGGGGUGUCCCAGGGGGUGAAGACUGGCCCCAAAGGGAUGGUGAUCAGGGGGAUGACCUUCUACAAAUUUGACCAAAUGGUGGCUGAUGACGGGGAACCAGGGGAGAAUUUCUUUGAGUAUGAUACGUUCAGUGGCGACGGCCCAGUCAACCUCCUCAUCGAGGAGCAGCUUAUCCAGCACAGAGCCCCUCAAAGAGCCAAAGAGAAGGCGGGACCAAGAGCUGCUCGGCCAAAGAGCAGAGACCAAGUGGGAGGGGCCAGUCAGAUCAGCCAAUCAACACAUGCCAUCCAAACGCAACCCGACACUGUAACAACAGUGACUUCUAAGACGACUGCAUCGCCCACAGGACAUACAGCAGAGGACCAGACGGUCACCGCCACCAGGAACGCUGAUAUUAACUCAACUAUGGCUGAGACCACUGGUCAGACCACCACUAGAGGAACUGAGAGGCCCGUCCCCAUGAUAGUCAAACCAGCCGGCAUCACUCAGACCACGGAGGGACCAGUCACUACAACAACCACUCAGGUAUCCAAGGAGACCAUGAGGUGGACGACAGUCAGACCGACUGACACACCUGUCAUGGCCUUGGAAAGCACUGGUUUGGAAUCACUAAGGGCCUUGGAAGUGAAAAACAAAAGACCAUCAGAGACCAUUGCAAGCACUAGUACAGUCGAUAAGCUCAACACUCAACGACUAACAAUAACUACAGAGGCUUCGACCAUCAACACAAAGACCACUACAGUUGGCACGACAACUGCUGCCGUGACAAUAACUCCUAAAACGCCCACAACAACGGUUUUGCUAGCGACUACUACAUCGCCAAUGGAAAGCUCUAGGUUGACUUUGUCUCCCACAACACAGAGGCAGACCACCCCCCCCUCCACUAGACCACCAGCCACCACCACCACCACCACCGCCACCUCUACUACCACCACCAUUGGUAGGCCUCAACCUGCCAGACGCAGAUACAGCAUCAGCUGGGAGGAGGAGGGGGGGAUCCCUGAGGACCCAAAGGAACCAGGGCAACAAACAUCCACCAGGAAGCUUGGAGAGUGUAAGGACACUCUGUCCACCAUCUCUGAGCCGGUCCUCCAUAACACCUACGGCCGGAACGAGGGGGCCUGGAUGAAGGAUCCUCUGGCCAACAACGACAAGAUCUACGUCACUAACUACUACUACGGAAACAACCUGCUGGAGUUCCGCAACAUGCAGACCUUCAAAUCAGGCCGCUUCACCAACUCCUACAAGCUUUCCUACAACUGGAUCGGAACGGGACACGUGGUCUACGACGGAGCCUUCUACUACAACCGCGCCUUCUCCCGUGACGUCAUCAAGUUCGACCUGCGUCUGCGCUACGUGGCGGCCUGGACCACGCUGCACGACGCCGUGUUCCACGAUGUCUCCACACCAUGGCAAUGGCGAGGUCACUCCGACGUCGACUUCGCAGUGGACGAGAGCGGCCUGUGGGUCAUCUACCCUGCACUGGACGAUGAGGGCUUCCUACAGGAAGUAAUCGUCCUGACGCGGCUGAACCCCUCUGACCUCAGCACCCAGAGGGAGACUACCUGGAGGACAGGCCUCAGGAGGAACCGCUAUGGGAACUGCUUUAUCGUGUGUGGCGUACUGUACGCCGUCGACAGCUACAACGAGAAGGACGCCAAACUGUCGUACGCCUUCGACACGCACACCAACACCCAGAUGGUUCCCAGGAUGCCCUUCACCAACAACUACACCUACACCACACAGAUCGACUACAACCCCAAGGAGGGAAAGUUGUACGCCUGGGACAACGGACACCAGGUCACGUACAACGUCGACUUCGCCUACGUUUACCCCUUGUAAGAGGUCGGGAAAGGUCACUUUGUUUUUGUAUAAAAUAAUUACCAGAAGUGAAGAGAGCAAAGAGAUUCUAUGAGUUGAAGUGGAUUGUAGACCAGUCCUCCUGGCCACUCAUGUCAGCCUUUAUAAAGUCUUUAUAGAGCCUGCUGUUCUGUCACUGUGUUUGAUUUGUUUUUAUUGACCUGACAAUUUGUUUAAACAGUAGAGAAGCUACAAUAUGCAAAACUUUUGCUGUAGUCUAAAGAACAUAUGUUGUAUAUAGUGUAAUAUAAACCAUUGUGAGAGAAAUUAAUGUACUGUAGAGGAAUACAACAUUGCACUCAAGACUUGGGCUAUAGAUGAAGACAUUACUUCACCAAAACAGUUAGUUCCCAACCGUGACAACAGCAGUGUGGAUUAAAAUGUCACUAGAUAUUUUGUUUUAUACUCAUUUUUAUACCUACAGUUCCUUCAGAAAGUAUUCAUACCCCUUGACUUAUUCCACGUGUUACAGCCUGAAUUCAAAAUGGAUUAAAUAUAUUUGGUUUCUUACCCAUCUACACAAAAUACCUGAUAUUGACAAAAUAAAAACAUGUUAGCCCACUGCGCCACCCGGGAGGCCCUGCAUCGCAGUGUUAGCUGUGCCACCAGAGACUCUGGGUUCGAGCCCAGGCUCGACCGGGAGGCCCAUGUGGCGGCGCACAAUUGGCCCAGUGUCGUCCGGGUUAGGGAGGGUUUGGCCGGCAAGGAUAUCCUUGUCUCAUCGCACACUAGCGACUCCUGUGGCGGGCCGGGCGCAGUGCACGCUAACCAGGUAGCUAGGUGUAUGGUGUUUCCUCCGACACAUUGGUGCGGCUGGCUUCCGGGUUGGAUGCCCGCUGUGUUAAGAAGCAGUGCGGCUUGGUUGGGUUGUGUUUCGGAGGACGCAUGGCUCUCGACCUUCGCCUCUCCCGAGUUCGUGCGGGAGUUGCAGCGAUGAGACAAGACUAACAACUGGAUACCACAAAAUUGGGGAGAAAAAGGGGGUAAAUAAAUAAAAUAAUAUUUAAAAAAAAUUUAAACAAUAAACCCAUGUUUUUAGAAAUGUUUCAAAAUUUUUUCAAAAUUAAAUACAGAAAUAUCUAAUUUACAUAAGUAUUCACACUGUUGAGUCAAUACUGUCAAGCUGGUAUUAAGGAUUUGGAGACAGGCGCAGGAAUACCCAAUAGGGGUUUUUAAUACACCCAAAACAAACACGUAUACAAAAAAAACUGGGUUGUACCUAAACAAAAGAGCGAGGGUAAACCUCGUUGAACGACACGGGACGAUACCCGUAAUACACAAUAUAUAUACACUGCUCAAAAAAAUAAAGGGAACACUUAAACAACACAAUGUAACUCCAAGUCAAUCACACUUCUGUGAAAUCAAACUGUCCACUUAGGAAGCAACACCGAUUGACAAUAAAUUUCACAUGCUGUUGUGCAAAUGGAAUAGACAAAAGGUGGAAAUUAUAGGCAAUUAGCAAGACACCCCCAAAAAAGGAGUGAUUCUGCAGGUGGUGACCACAGACCACUUCUCAGUUCCUAUGCUUCCUGGCUGAUGUUUUGGUCACUUUUGAAUGCUGGCGGUGCUCUCACUCUAGUGGUAGCAUGAGACGGAGUCUACAACCCACACAAGUGGCUCAGGUAGUGCAGUUCAUCCAGGAUGGCACAUCAAUGCGAGC